AUGGCUGCAAGAACAUCACUGCGCUCGCUGACCCGGGCGACUCAGCUCUUGAGUCCCAGGCGUCCGUGGACCUGUUCGUCCUGCAAUGGAUGGUCGAUCCUCCGGCGCGGAGUUGCGACGACGCCGCAAAAGUCCCAGAAGCCCUACUAUGUGACGACGCCCAUCUUCUACGUCAAUGCAGCGCCCCACGUCGGUCACUUAUACACUAUGGUCAUCGCCGAUAUCAUGAAGCGCUGGCAGGUCGUGCUCGGGAACACAGAUGCUCAACUAUUAACAGGAACCGACGAGCAUGGAAUGAAGAUUCAGCAAGCUGCCGCCCAGGCGGGCAUGGACACACAGGCGUUUUGCGACAUGAACUGCCGAACCUUUGAGGCGCUAGCAAAGGCUGCGAACCUCGACAAUGACCAUUUCAUCAGAACCACCGACCCGGCGCAUCGGGAAGCUGUUCAAUAUUUCUGGGAAAUGUUGCAACAUCGGGGAUACAUCUACACUUCAAAGCACGAAGGCUGGUACUCAGUCAGCGAUGAGACAUUCUACCCACAGACACAAGUGCAGAACUCCCUGGACCCGACCACAGGCCGGAAACGUAUGGUUUCAAUAGAGACAGGAAAAGAGGUUGAGUGGUCCUCUGAAACCAACUACCACUUCCGUCUCUCAGCUUUCAAAGACCGGUUGCUUGAGCUGUAUAAGAGAGAGGACCCCUUCAUCACCCCUACCACCUACACAGCUUCCGUAAUCAACUCCGUUACGACGGGCUUGCAGGAUCUGUCGAUCUCUAGACCCGUGGAUCGUCUCACUUGGGGUAUUCCGGUGCCCGGCGAUGAAUCGCAGACGAUCUAUGUGUGGCUAGAUGCACUGGUGAAUUAUUUGACCAAAGCUGGAUAUCCGUUCCCACCCGGAAAGCAAGCGACCUCUGCAUGGCCUGCAGACUUGCACAUUGUCGGCAAAGAUAUCGUUCGAUUCCAUUGCGUUUAUUGGCCGGCCUUCUUGAUGGCAUUGGACCUCCCCUUGCCCCGGAACGUCUUAGUGCACGGACACUGGACGAUGAACCGCGAGAAGAUGUCCAAAUCCACGGGAAAUGUUGUGAAUCCAUUCUUUGCCAUUGAGCGAUUCGGAGUGGAUGGCAUGCGUUUCUUCUUAGCCUACCGGGGCGGUCUUUCGGAUGAUGCGGAUUUCGAUAAUUCGUUCAUCAUUCGGGAUUACAAGAAGUUACUGCAGCACGGUAUUGGAAACCUGGCACAGCGCACCAUUGGGUGCGCGCGUGGCAAUUUGCGCUCGUACAUCAUGGAUGCCCAGUCCGAUAAGCUUCCAGCUGCCACCCCUGAGGACCUUGAACACCAGACCCUGUUGAAGGAGGUGCCCACCAAGGUUGCGGAGCUCAUGGAGAACCUCAAUCCCCGUGCCGCGCUGCAGGAAACUAUGAGCAUAAUUGAGCAGUACUUCCAUGCUACGGAACCGUGGAGAAGUCCCGACCCCCAACGGGUGCUUUACAACGUGGCGGAAUCGUUACGGAUCGCCGGCAUUCUCCUACAGCCGUUCAUGCCCGGUAAGUCUCAUGACUUGCUGGCCCUGCUCCGUGUCGACACCUCGGACCCCUCCAAGCGGGCAUUCGCGGCCACGGCAUACGGUUCGGAUGCAGAUUACGGUGAAGGUGUUCAGAGAGGAAUCCUUUUCCCACCUUUACUCACAGAGGAAUAA